AUGUCAACGGUACAAGUCAUCUAUCAUCAGAAGAUCCACAAUUACCUCCUAAAUUCGGUUUUCCCCAAAGACGACAUGCCAGCUGUCAAAGAACCCUUCGAGGACUGCUACAAGGUGGGGCCCGUGAUCGGCACCGGGGGAUUCGGCACUGUGUAUUCCGGAGUCAGGAUUGAAGACAAGUUACCGGUUGCUAUCAAGCAUGUGGCAAGAGACCGGAUUGGAGAGUUCAAGCACAUGAAUGGCACCCUUGUCCCUCUAGAAAUUCACCUUCUAAAGAAAGUGUCGACGGGCUGUCGUGGGGUGAUCAGACUUUUGGACUGGUAUGAGCGGCCGGACGGUUUUAUCAUCGUCAUGGAGAGACCGGAGCCUGUUCAGGAUCUGUUUGACUUCAUUACCGAGCGGGGAGCCUUGGGCGAGGACGUGGCCGCCAACUUCUUCCGGCAAGUGGUGGAGGCUGUGCUGCACUGCCACGACUGCAGCGUCGUGCACAGAGACAUCAAAGACGAGAACAUUCUGGUGGACCUCAGGACAGCUGAGCUGAAGCUGAUAGAUUUUGGCUCCGGUGCACUGCUGCGGGAUGCAGUUUACACAGACUUUGAUGGUACACGAGUGUAUAGCCCACCCGAAUGGAUCCGCUUCCACCGAUACCAUGGGCGUUCAGCUACUGUGUGGUCCCUCGGCAUCCUGCUAUACGACAUGGUGUGUGGCGAUAUCCCUUUUGAACACGAUGAUGAAAUUCUUAAGGGCAAGAUCCAGUACCGCUGCAGGGUGUCAAGAGAGUGUCAGCAUUUGAUCGAGUGGUGCCUGUCAAAGAGACCCUCAGACCGACCAUCCCUUGAACAGAUCCUCGCACAUCCCUGGAUGUCACAGCAACAGCUUCUAGAACAAAAGGACAAUGGCAAAGUAACAAGAAAGCUGGACCAAGAAUCUAGCAGCUCAAGUCAGGAAAGCCUCUGA